AUGGAAGAACCAGAGAUGCUCCUGAAGGGAAAGAAAGUAACAGACAAGUUCACCGAAAGUGUCUAUGUCCUGGCCAACGAGCCGUCAGUGGCCCUGUACCGGCUACAGGAACAUGUGCGCCGCUCACUGCCGGAGCUGGCCCAGCACAAGGCUGACAUGCAGAGAUGGGAGGAGCAGAGCCAGGGUGCUAUAUACACCGUGGAGUAUGCCUGCAGUGCUGUGAAGAGCCUGAUGGACAGCAGUGUGUACUUCCGUAGUGUCGAAGGCCUGCUCAAACAGGCCAUCAGUAUCCGGGACCACAUGAACAACAGCGCCCAGGGCCACAGGUAGCCCAGCCACCCGCCCCUGUCAGCAUCCUAACUAGUGAGCUGUGCAGGUGUUCUUUGUCAUCUGUGGCACAAAUAUCCCAGCUGUGUGUGAGGAACUGUGACAGCCGUGCCUGGUUGACAGACUCACAAGGACAAUGACCUAGAAACAGGUCAGAGAAAGUGUGUGGGCAGGCAGCAUCCCCAGGAAAGUGAACAGAGCAAGGCCCUGAGACUGGCACUCUUGCCCAGGGAGAGAGCAUGGGGAAUGAUUUAGUGGGAAGCUGUGCUGUGGGGGCUGGGCUCUCUAUCCUGCCCUGCCAGGCUGUCUCCAGCUGAAGCCCAGGGAGAUGACAAGCACCUACUGUCCUUAGAUUUCUCCAUGUUGAUUAUAACUCAAUAAACUCGUAGCUGAC